GCGCCACUUGGGGCAACCUCCGCGAACUCGCAACCUCAACAUCACCCAUUGGGGACUGUUACUUCGGUGGUUUCAAAAGCCAUAACGCUCUCGCCAUCAAGGGUAGCUUGGCCUAAGUGGUUACGUAGUAGUGAAGCCGCCAAGACUCGCCGCGAAGCGACUGACCGCGGAAACCUGUCUGUUUAGCGUUCCAUUGAAGAACGACAUUGAACGGACGCAUUGGACAGCGAGCAAAGAACAUGUCGCUACAACAAAGCUUCAGGUUAACGAGAGCGGUCGCUCAGAGGUCGAGGGGGUCAGCGAGCUGCUGUUCGUUAGCAGGGGAGCGCUGCGAAGGUCUGCAAACACGGAUACUACCCACUCAAUCCCGACAACGAGAUCAGCGAUCUUCCCACAGCACGCUGGCUUCGCUACGCACACCAUUCCUAUCCACCGCCAUUGUUUGUACAUCCACCUCUGUCCUUCGUUCCCCCGCAUCUCUCCUUCCGUCGCCAACACAUGUACCAGUUCGGCAUUACGAUCGCCAAAAGUACCUGAAACAGAAGAAGGCACUGAAAGCCAAACAGAACCAAGAGGACAUCACGCUUGAGGAUGGACUGGAAGUGUUUCGCAAAUAUUGUCUUGGCGAAAACAGGCUCUUCUCCGCGCACGUACAGGUCUUGAGGCAGGAAGAGGGACAACGGCCUAUUCGAGGAGACGUAGCGCUACCAAAUCAGGUCUCGGCGGAAGAUAAGGCCAUUACGCUCGUGUUUGCCACGGGAGAGGCAGCAGAUGAGGCGAAGCGAUUGGGUGCUCACAUUGUCGGAGGAAAGGAACUCAUUGAAGAGAUCAAGGCGGGCAAAUUGGACUUCGACAAAGUGUUAUCUACGAAGGAGAUGUUCCCAGCAGUCAUUGAAAUCGCGCGUAUACUCGGUCCCAAGGGGCUGAUGCCAAGUCCUGCUAAGGGCACUGUAUCUGACGACAUAUCAUCGAUGAUGAGUUCCCUUCGUGCUGUUACGAAAUUCGAAGUGGACCCGGACGGUUUUAUACAUAUGGAGAUUGGGAAAACGUCGUGGUCGGAUGAUAAGCUCUUAGAUAACAUCAAAGCGUUCGUGGCGGCGGUGGUGAGUGUGCGACCGCCAAAGACAGAUGCCACGAAGUUUAUUCAGAGCGUGAGCAUCUCUGCAAAAUACACGGCAGGAGUGAAUCUGCCACUGAAGCCUUUCAAAGCGCUUUCGGGUACAGCUAAGAAGUGAUAGAAAGAGAAGCAUAGAGAUGGUAGCAUAGAUUUGGGCUACUUCUGAAUGUGAAUAUGAGCGUCGAACGCGCAUGCUGAGAAGCCUAGUAUUCAGUAUGGAGUCGGGGGAGACGGUCGGAAACGCAAGGCUGCGGACGUAGGGGUGAACGCAAGCCUCCAUGUUGGGAAGUCGCGGUAGCGAAGGCGUAUGAAGACCUGAAGUAGAGGCGUGAAGAAACAACCACAUGACAGACACACCUUUCAUAUCCUCCUGCUCAUACUGUAAAAACCCAUCGCUGCUUAUGGACCAC